CCUCAUCCCCCCUUUAAUAAACGUGUGUUCCCUGCUGUCCGUCCUCUCUGUGUGGACUCGCUUCUCAGUGAAAGCCUCCAUUGACUCGGAAAACAAAGUAACGGUUGAAAGAGGAGCUGCAAGAAAGUCACAGCGCCGCGACUGCGAUCAGGAUGUCUGGCCCCACCCAGGAAGUGGAGGAGUUGCCUGCCAAUCACACAGGUCCAAAAGGCGUAAUUAAUGAUUGGAGGAGGUUUAAGUUGGACAGCAUGGACCAGACAGUCCCACAGAGCAAGAGAGAGCUGCUCAGACAAAUGUCCAGUCCCCGGGAGGACGACAAGGAGAGAGUGAACAGGAAGAUGAGCGUUCAGGAGUACGACAUGAUCCAAGAAGAGGACGAACGCUCCCUGAAACACUACCGAAAACAGUGCAUGCAGGAAAUGCACGAGCGCCUGAGCUUCGGCCCCUCGUUUGAACAAGUGCACGAGCUGGAGAGCGGAGACGCCUUCCUGGAAGUCAUCGAGAAGGAGCACCGGCUGACCCUAGUGGUGGUCCACAUCUACCAGCACGGGGUCAAAGGCUGUGAGCAGUUGAACUCCUGUCUGGACUGUCUGGCCUCCGAGUACUCCGGCAUUAAAUUCUGUCGUAUUGAUGCUGAGGCCACGGGCGCUCUGGAGCGCUUCUCCCCCGAGGUUCUUCCUGCUCUGCUGGUCUACAAAGCUGGAGAAUUACUGGGGAAUUUCCUGGCUGUUACCAAACACUUCAAUGAAAACUUCUUCGCAACGGACGUGGAGGGGUUCCUCAACGAAUAUGGCCUGCUACCCGAGAAGGAGUUCACAGCAUGUCCUGAUGAUGAGGAGGGAGGGGACGUAGAGUAGUGAGAGAGGAUCUGGAGAUGGCUGGAGGAAGGGGUGAAAGGGUUUACUGUUGUGUAGGAGAGUGGAUGAAGGGAGAGGACACAGGAAGAGGCGCUAGAAGAAAGCAGUUACAUUGCAUGGGCAGAAACACACAAUAGUAAACACUCACCUGCACACACACACACACACAACGCUGGUUGUAUUUAGAAGCAGUUAUGUGCAAACCACUGUGUCCCAUCACAGCUCUCCAAUAAAGGCUGGCAUUACCAGAGA